GAAUAAUUAAAAAGUGAAAUACGUUUACAAAAGUCGUCCGGUGAACAGUCCAGAGUUUUUGACCGGAGAUCAAAUUCCCGGCGCAGGUGAUCGUAGCUAUAGCAUAACGCCGUCGGAGAAAACAUCUGAAUUUUGCAAUUGAAUUAGGUUUUGUUACGGCGCCAUGGAUGAAAUUGAAGAGAAGAAGAUGGUAGAAAUCUUUCUGAAAAUCAUCGGUCCUUCUCCGCCUUGUCGCCUUAAUGUCCCUUCUUCCAUCAAGGUACAUGAAUUGAGAAAGAUGAUUGCUGGGAAUCGACAUAUGCCUAUUGAAAAUUUAAGACUUGUUCUGCGAGGAAAUGUAUUGCAUGAUAGUGAAAAUGGAGAUGACGAAGUAGUCCAAUUCAACAACGGAGAUUCACUAAUAGUUGCUGUCAAACCAAAGCCACCUCCUAGGCAUUUUCGUGAUGAAUUUGAGGAUGACGAUGAUGAUGAACUGAGGUUUCAGUUACCCCCAUCAACUAGUAAGUGGAAGAGGAAACUUUUUUAUCUGCUACGUGAUAAACUGAAAUUUCCAGAUAUGCUCUUGAUGGUAAUUUUCUCCAUCAGUCCAAAGGUUUGGGUUAUUAUCAUGACUUGGUUCAUUCUGGCCUCUAUUGCGCGAAGAUAUGAGGUUGCACCUUUAUUUUUACUGGCGACUGGGUUUGGCCUCAUCUUUUAUAAUCUUGGACACCGGAAGCAGGGAGAACUUAGUGCAUAUUCUGUAUUCAAUGAAGAUUUUCGAGAACUUCCAGGAACCCUCAAUGCAGAACAUAUUGACAGAGAUAUUCGGGCAGGUCGAUUUUGAGUCUAAGACUUUCAACAUUCAAAUGAAAACCAAUAUCAUGUCCUUUCCUCCCACCCUGGCUCGAAUCAAAUUCAUUUUGUACCAUGUUUGAAUACGUAAUUUGCUGUAGAAUUAUAAGUAACUUCUUCGCCAUGUCAAUGGAAAUGCCCAGCUCUUGUCUCCCAUCGCGGCUCAACCCUAAAGCCACUAAAGCAGUGGCUUUAGAGGCCCCAAAAAAACAAAAGCACUGAGCAGACAAAAGAUGAAGGAGAUGCAUACAUAAAAAAGAGAACACCAGAUCUGAUGAAGGCAAUUGUAAGAAGCACUGUAUUAACACUUGGAAGAAACAAAAUACCCAAGUAGAAUAUAAAAAAGAAAUUAUGCAUUUAUUGUUACUAUUAAUUAAAAUUUUCUUAUAGUUUGUUGCU